AGGCUAUUUAGCUUCCUACAUUUCUCCAUGCACAAUAUUACUACAAAAAAUCCACUUGUCGGAAACAGAAAAUGACCAGUACUUCAAGCAGUACUAGGACUGAUAGAAAGGAGGAAGAAUCUCUAUACGAGACAUGGAUGAAUCUUCAACGUGAAGAACUGACAGAGCUUGAACAUGCUGUAACUCAGGCCAGAAACGGCCAUAUGAAUGACCAGGAACUGACAAAACUCAUACAAAAGAUUACAAAUAACUUCCAAGAAUACUCAAACAACCGUAAACGCCUAGCCCAAAUCGACGCGUCGCCAUUCUUCGCACCCACUUCAUGUACCCCAUUAGAGAACUCAGUCUUAUGGAUCGGUGGCUGCAGACCGUCUUCUUUCAUACGUUUCAUCUACGCCCUCUGCGGCAUCGAGAUUGAGUCCCAUCUCACUGAGUUCCUUCAAGGGACCAAAAUAGGCGAAUUCGGCGAGCUAACGGCAAAACAAAUAAGCAUGGUCGACGAGUUGCAAGGCAAGACGAUUAAAGAAGAGAGGGAACUUUGUUCAAGAUUGGCUAGCUUGCAAGAACACAUAGUUGACCAGCCUGUCGCUAGCAAGCUGAAGAAAGAUAAUGUGGAUGAGGGAAACUACUGCGAGAAUGCAGAUGAACUUUUAGAUGAACAUAUCCAUGAAAUGGCAACUGUUGUUGAAGAAGCUGAUGACUUGAGGAUGAAGACAUUACAGGAGAUUACAAGCUUACUUACACCAGCACAGGCAGUGGAAUACUUAGCAGCAGCCAAGAGGAUGAGGCUUUGUUUUCAACAAUGGGGCAAAAAAAGGGAUCGUGAGCAUACCAACAAAUUAAAUUCUGUCGAUUAGAAUAGUUUAAUUUCUUGUAUGUAUAAAAGGUUGGAUAGUUCUAUACAUUUGUUUUGCAUAUAUAUAUAUACCACACAAGAGUGGGGUGAUUUG